CUCCAUCUUAUUUGAUACGUAUUAUUUAUGGUUCAGGACGAACAAGUGAAUGAAAGGAAAAUAUCACAAUUGAAGUCAUUUGCGAGUAAAGCAAUCGAGAGAAAUGAUUACAUUUCUGCAUCAGCGUUCUAUACCAAGGCAAUAGAUGUUGACCCUAACGAUGCAACCUUGUUCUCAAACAGGAGCCUUUGUUGGCUCCGCACUGGUGAUGGACCAAAGGCUCUGUUGGAUGCUCUUCACAGCAGAGAAAUGCGGCCUGACUGGCCAAAGGCCUGCUACCGGCAGGGCGCAGCUCUGAUGUUACUGAAGGACUACAAGAGCGCAUGUGGAGCGCUUCUUGAUGGAUUCAAGUUGGACAUGGAAAAUGCUGAGAUGGAGUGUGCAAUACGGGAGGCGAUGGAAUCUUUGAAGAUAUCAAAAGGCAACACCAAGGCAACAUGAGGUGAACCUGAGCUUGCACUUGUGUUGACGAUGGAUGAAGACCAAGUCACCUCUCGUGAAAAAAAACGCCAUCCUCUAUUCAACUCAAGUCAUGACCGUUGAAAUAUUGCAAAGCCUUUUUUUCUCUGCAAAGUUGCUUUCGUGCACUAGUGUGGAGCAAUACGUGCUCGAUAUGUUUGAAUAACUUGCUUGGUGGAUAAUGGAAGUGCUCGUUUGUUAUCUCUACUGACUGUCCGGUAAUGUUGGUAGCAAAUGACUUGAUUUUUUCGCUUUCUCGUAUACGUCUGUCAUCUGCGCUAUCUAUCAUCUGCGCGCGUACAUAUGUAUGUAUGGAUCCUGACGGUGAGGUUUCCUUGCCUUGUUGCCACAGCUCCACUUGGUCGCAAUGGCAACAUCUUGUAUGUA